UUAAUGCUGUAUCUUAUUGUAUAUCAACCCCUUACAGUUUAUUUAUAUAUACUUUGUACCUUAAAAUGUGUACGUUACUCUAGAUGCUGAACUGUAGUUUGCUGUCUCAGUACUCUGUGCAACAACAAUAAAGUUUUAUUCUAAAAAUGUCAGAAAAUAGUGAAAAAUAGUUUGUCCGAGUCGAAGGUCACAUCUUCAGAUGUUUAGUUGAAAAAAAAAAAAAAAUUAAGAUUAUAACAUAAAACAGAGAAAAGCAGUAAAUCUUCAUGUUUGAGAUCUAAAAAGUAGAACAUCAAAGUAUUUGGUAUUUAUCUUCCUGUCAAUUGGCUCCUCUGCAGCUCUGAAUAUAAGACUGACAUAUCACCGGCCCCUUCUGUCCAAAGGGUUUUUAGGAAGUAAUCUCGUAGUUUACCCUCACAGAGUAUUAACGUGGAGCCUCUUGGUCACUUUGUUGGGUUUUCAGGGGCUUCUUCUGUCUCAGGGACAAUAUGGCCGACCUGUGGAGUCCUUGUUUUUGGCUCUAAACCAGCUCCAAAUGUCCACAGAGCUUUAAAUCACUGAAGUGGAGUUUUACUCAUUUGUCAUAACAGCUUGUAUGCAGCAGUCUCUUAACAAGGUCAGGCUGCUGGCCUCCUCUUGUUGUUGUUGCCUCAGCUAUUUUUAUGCUAAUGAGUGAAUGAGUUUCUUGCUAAUUAAUUAACGUUCCUAAAGUGGUCUUUAGCAGCUUUAACCGCUUCCAUUGAGACGGGUUUGAAGCGGGUCAGGCUGCCAGCUGCCCCUGUGCUCUGCUAGUUAAACUAUUUUCAUGCUAAUUAGAGCUCUGUGUUAAUUAUCUUCAGUUGUAUCUGAACCGUUUCAGGUCAUUAAGCACUCACAGAGGGAGGACAAGUCUCUGUAAUGAUAGUCUGUGUUUUGGGCCAAAACUACCGACAUUAAUGUGCACGAGGCGCCAAUAACUGUCCCCGGUCUGAAGGCAACGGGCUGUCACAACAUAGUGCCUCUGUGUUCCCUCUGUGGCUCCUUUUAUUCCCCUGUUUCUAAGCUGUUUCUUACAGCCGGGUCUUAUUACUGUAGUUUGAGGCUAAUUUGCCUGUAGGGUGGCAUAACAAGGCAAAGGAAAGCCUUAAAUCUGUUCUUUAAGCAACAAAACACCUUCCUGUCCCCAAUUUAGACCGAAGUCUUGUUCUGUCUGAGGUCCUCCGUCUAACAGGUCACGUCUGACUGGAGCAGCAGAAUGAAUGAAAACAGAGUUUAAAUGAGAUGCUUUGAAUUUUAUUGUACUUUUUAAAAGCAGAGCUGGGUAAUACAGUAGCAGAUUUUCAAUGCUGAUACUGAAGAUUCAGUAUCACUUCUUUUUUUAGUUAUUGGCCAUUAAAAAAUAACAUUUGUGCCUAAUUGGACCAAUUACCCUCUGCUGCAGAGCAUCUGGAGUUGCAAGUCAUAUUCAUUUUCCCCAUAAACAAUGUUAAGAGAAGUUCCAAAAUGUUUUUCUGUAAUAAAUCACAGAGCUUCAGAUUCUGUUCUGUGCGCCUCUAACAACGUUUUUGAGCAAUCUGAGUUCACGGUUUUCAGUUUAAAUAUAUUGACUUUUGGAUUCUGGGUAAUUUUGGAUGAAUUCAGUCACUAUGUUUUUGUUCACAACUGCGACGCGUUUUGAAUUCAAUACAGCUUUCAUUUAGCUUCUUCUCUUCAGAAUCGCUGCCCGAAGCUCAUAUGUUUUGUAGCAUUUAGAGCUGUUCACACUGCAAACCUGACAGGAAAAAAACACAAUUGACAUGAUUAAAACUGGUGGCAGAGGAUCCUUUAAGAGUCCUGUGUUUAACUUUAGGGACAUUGUUGGGACUUACUGUCUUUCUUCCUGAGGUGUUUAGAUGGACAUCUCUUGUACGGAGCUGGACUUUGGGAUUUAGGGGCAGUUCCAUGCUGGAACUAACAUUUACUGCAGAAUUAACGGAUGUUUGAAUGUUCCUGUCUGCACGAGUUUCCUCCCCCGAUGCAAAGACAUGCAGGUCAGGUGAAGUAAAUGGUUAAAUAAACUGUACUUGUACAGAGCUUUUCUAGUCUUUCCGACCACUCAAAGCGCUUUCACACUACAUGUCAUCAUUCACCCGUUCACACCCGGUCAUACACUGAUAGCAGGGGCCACCAUGUAAGGUCCAUCAGGAUCUACCUAACAUUCACACACCAUAGGCACAGCUACGGGAGCAAUUCUGGGGUUAAGUGUCUUGCCCAAGGACACACCGACAUACGACCAACAGAGUCAGGGAUCAAACCGCCGAUCCUCUGAUUGAAGGACGACCCUGAGUCUGAAGCUCUGUGAUUUCAGUAGACUCUAAAAUUGCAACCCUGCGAAGGAUAAAAGGGCAUUGAUAAAGGAUUAUUGUAAGAAUGACUUGUUAACAUGUCUAAUUGCAGAUGACUUCUGAUGAAUUAAAGAACUAGAUGAACCAGCACAGAGGAUGUUUUUCUCAACCUAGCAACCCAAACGUUGGUCUAAUUAUUGUCUUGUUCCAGAUCUAUGAAACACUUUUGCACAUCAAGAAACGUGUGUCUCUGUCAUGUCUCUGUCAGGUGACCUCUCUGGGUGUGGCCACGUUCAGCCUCUGUGCCCUGAGCAUCGAUCGCUUCCAUGCGGCCACCGGCCCCGGGCCCUUCCAGACUCCCAGGGUGGAGCCCUGCCAGUCCAUCCUGUCCAAGCUGUCCGUCAUCUGGAUCGGCUCCAUGGUGCUGGCCGCCCCCGAGCUGCUGCUGUGGCAGCUCCUCCAGCAAACCGUCAGCCUGCCGCCGACGCUCCUCGGUGACCGGCAGCAGAGCCGGCCGGGAGACUCGCUGAUGGCCGCCUUUAGAGCCCGAACAGAAGCGUUCAAGGUGGACGUCUGUGUCCGCGAGCCGUCCGUGGAGCUCCCCGAGGGCAUCUACCCUCUGGUGCUGACCUACCACGAGGCCCGCAUGUGGUGGAUCUUCGGGUGCUACCUCUGCCUGCCGCUGCUCUUCACUCUGGCCUGCGACUUGGUGACGAGGCAAGUGUUGGCCCAGCGUCUGCCGCAGAAACCCGCCGGCGACAAGGUGACCGGCGUGUGCUCCUCCGCCUCCUCUUCCUCCUCCUCCUCGUCAAAGAAGAAGAAGAAGCAGCACACCAGAGAGCAGAGGUUGCGCUCCACCGUGAUGGCGCUCACCAUCCUGUACGUCGUGUGCAACCUGCCGGAGAGCGUUUGUAACAUCACGCUGACGUACGUCUCUGUCCACGUGACCGCCGCUCUUCCGGCUCUGGCUCUGCCGGCUCUGAGCCUCAUCGGACAGUUCCUGCUGUUUGCACGUUGCUCUGCGACGCCGGUGUUGCUGCUGUGUCUGUGUCGCUCGCUGGGCCAGGCCUUCAUGGACUGCUGCUGCUGCUGCUGCGAGGAGUGCCUCCCCGACGGCAACUCCUCCUCCUCGUCCUCCUCAUCUGCCUCGACCGCCGCCACCUCCAACGUGUCCUCGUCGCCGUCUCCGACCUCCCUGUCUCCGACCUCCCUGUCUCCCUGCGGCAAAGACGAGACGACGAAGAGGCUGUUGGCGACAGAACCGUCUGUCUUCUGCGACCGGGCCAAAGACUCUUCGACAGCUAUCGGGACGCCCUGCUGAGGUCCACAACUGAAUUCAACCACAAGUUUAUUACAACUUGGGUCUUAUUUUUGUAGAAUCGUAUCAUUGUAUCAUUUCUAUCCGUUACAAUAAAUUUAGUUUUAUACUCACCGAGUUGACAGCAGAGAUCUGGUGAUUUCACCGACAGGUUGAGGACUAAAGUGUGUGGACUCCUCUGUCUCACUCUGUUAGUCCUGGUUUAGUCUUAGUCCCUUAUGAAGGGGAAUAUUUACACUGAUCGUGUUUGUCCCUCGUCCUAUUUUCAACAUGACUAUGCAGAAAAGGCCAGCUCCAUAAAGAAAAUAAAUGGUUUUCCCAGUUUGGUGUGGAAGAUUUUGACUGGUCUGCACUGAAUCCUGACCUCAACCUCAUCCAUUGGACGAACUGGAGCUCUGACUGUGAGCCAGAUGUGAUGAUCCAUACUAUCGGUGUUGGAGGAGGCUGUUACAGCAGCAGGUUAACGGCCACAGUUUUGGAGUCGCAUGUUGAUCUUGGGGUGUAAUGGUUUGUUGGGUUCUUCCCACACUCUUGGUAUCUAAACCACUUUAUUUGGCCACAUAAAACUGCUGACUGGUAAACACAGUAAGGUCAAAGAUGGGUGUGUGAACUGUGAUGGAUGUUGACAUCGUUGACUCGUUUCCUCUUCCAAAUGGAGUUGGUUUAGCUAACAGAUUUGUUUCCAACCUGUCUGAUCGUCUCGUGUGUCUCGACCUGCAUCUUCUCAGAUCUCAGCUGUUGACUUGAGUGAGUACGAUGUUAUUAUGACUGAUAGAAAACCCAGGUGGUGAUCGAUUGUAAUGAUCCUUAGAUCUAAGUCUGUAUGAACUGUAGAGCCACUGCAGGAGCACAAACUUGUCUGAAUAGAAAUAGAUGAUUAUAUACAAUAUUUGUUCUUUUGUAAGGGAGUUUAUUGUUGAUGGAUUAAAUCCUGUUAUUGUAGUACUCAUAAUUAUGAAACAUGUUAUAGUUAUUAAUAAUGCUCAAACAGGAUGUUAGUUGUAUCUGCUCUGAGUACUGUAUGAGACAGAAACACUGAUUUGUUUUUUUUAAGAUGUCUAAACUGAAAAUAGACAUACUGAGACUUUUAGUCAGCAGACACUCAGACUGAUGUGAACUUCUUGAACUUGAUCAGUCACAAAUGUUGAAGCUAUGAGAAACAAUGCAGUGUGAAGUUUGACUUGUUUUGUUACCUUUUGGUUUAGUAAAGUUUAGAUUUUCUUCUUUUUCAUCAC